AUGGAAGUUGCUAAUGCAACUAGUCAUAUGCUUUCUCUCCUUAUAUUUCUUGGCUGUCUAACAAUCAAGGAUGUUGCAGCCGGCGAUAGUGAUAAUUCUAAGAGCCUCAAAAUUUGUCCGAAUAACAAUGGUAAUCAUAUGAUCAAUGCGGAUAGGGAAGCGAUGCUCAAUGCUAUCAACGGCAUUCGACAAAAAGUAGCUAACGGUGCUGGAGAAAAUUACAGAGGAUUUUUGCCACAAGGAUCAAACAUUUAUAAGUUGGAAUACGACUGUAACAUGGAAACAGAGCUUGAGACAGAAGUUGGAAAACUGACUGGGGCUAUUACGCUGGAUAAGAAAUAUGCUUAG